CGGUUGUGCCAGUCAUCGAGAGUGUGUCCAUGGAGUCGGUCCUUCAUAGGCACAAAAGUGUAUGUUUUUCUAUCGCAAAAAGGCAGAAAAACUGAGUUUGAAAAAAUGUUGCGUUUAUAGAAGGAAAGGCCUUCCAUCAAAGCUAUACAUUUGCAUUUGUGCAUACACAUUCAUGGCCACGAAAGUAAUAUAAAUUCUAAAAAUAAUUACUGUUUCAUAGCUGUUCAGCUAUUGGACAAACUUGACAACAUGAAUUGGAAAGCUGAAGCGAAAGGGAAAUCUUUCUAUUUCUUAAUUACAUUGACUUUGUGUGUUUCUACCACUGCCACAGAAGUAUCAAAUUACUUUGAUACGCAAGGUCCGAGCUUUUCACUGGAGCCCCCUAGUAGAAUCGAGUUUUUAAACACGGUUGGAAACACAGUCUCUUGUAUUGCUCAUGGAAAUCCUGUUCCAAUAGUCCAGUGGCUCGAUAAGGAAAACAAUCCAAUCACAUCCAUAUCAAAGGUUCAACAUAUUUUCACAAAUGGUUCACUACAUUUUCCACCAUUUGCAGCAGAGGAAUUUCGACAAGAUGUUCACUGGGCGAUAUAUCGUUGCUCAGCAUCCAACAGCGUGGGUACUAUAAUAUCCAGGGAUGUGGUUGUAAAAGCAGUGGUCUAUCAGCAUUAUGAGCCUGAAGUGCAAAAUCCUGGUGGAUUUAUUGGCAGUAAUGUUCUUAUUAAAUGUAACAUUCCGUCGUUCGUCAAGGAAUACGUAACAGUAACUUCCUGGUUGCAAGAACCAAACUUUAAUAUUUAUCCAUCUCUAGAAGGAGACGGUAAAAAUCACAUGCUACCAACUGGUGAACUUUUACUAUAUAAUAUAACAAGAGAUGAUUCCCAAAAGAUUUACCGCUGUCGAACACAUCACAAAUUAACGCAGGACUCAAAAGUCAGCAGUAAUGUUGGCAAAAUUCAGUUAACAGAAAUGCGAGAACUUGUUCCCCCAAUAAUGAAUGAAAAAAAAAUGUCUCUAUUGGCCAGAGUUGGGGAUCCAUUAGUUUUAGCAUGUGUGGCCUAUGCAAAUCCAAAACCAACUUACAGGUGGCAUAUUACACGUUCAAGCAAUGAAGAGUCUAUGCAGCAUAUGAUUGCGACUGGGCGUGCCAAAAUCAAAGAUGGAACUCUUAUUAUAUCGGCCAUCACAAAAUCCGACGAUGGGGUAUUCUAUUGUACAGUUACUAACUCAGAGGGUAGUGAAACUUUAGAAGUCAAAUUGUCUGUAUCAUCGCCCUUAAGUGCAAUCCUACAGCCUAGAGUGCAAACUGUAAAUCUUGGACAAACGGCUGAUUUAAUUUGCAGUACGUCUGGAUUUCCGAAACAACAAGUUUUGUGGUUUAAGGAUGGCAAAACACUACGUUCUGGGGCUCGUGUUCGUCAUCUGUCAACGGAGCAUAUACGCAUUACAUCUAUCGUCAAAGAAGAUAAGGGAAUGUAUCAAUGUAUUUUAAAGAACGAUCUGGAGUCAAGUCAAUGUUCUGCCGAGCUAAGAUUGGGAGAAGUGGCACCUCAAUUACUUUAUAAGUUUAUAGAGCAAACUAUGCAGCCUGGACCUUCUGUUUCGCUUAAAUGCAGCGCAAGUGGUAACCCGACGCCUAAAAUUGUUUGGCACUUGGAUGGAUUUCCUCUUCCAAAUAACGAUCGACUUAUGAUAGGACAAUAUGUCACUACAUUUGGUGACGUUAUAAGCCACGUCAAUAUAUCAGCUGUUAAAUCAGAGGACGGAGGAGAAUACGAGUGUAAGGCGACUUCUAGAGCUGGUGCUGUUACGCAUUCUGCAAGAUUAAAUAUAUAUGGUAUGCCCUAUAUAAGACAUAUGCCAAAAAUAUCAGCUGUCGCUGGAAAAGUUUUUACUUUAAAAUGCCCGGUUGCUGGAUAUCCAAUAGAAAAUGUCUUUAUAGAAAAAGAUGGUAUUAGAUUGCCAAGCAACAUGUGACAGCGGGUCCAAAACGGAACGCUUGUGAUAGAUAAUGUACAACGAGCUGCCGAUCAGGGUACAUACACAUGUAUAGCUCGCAAUAAGCACAAUUAUACUUCGCAGCGAUCCGUAGAUGUUAAAGUAUUGGUUCCACCCAAGAUUACACCAUUCUCAUUCGCACGCGAUCUGAACGUCGGUGACCGUACAAGCAUUCAGUGCGUUAUUGGCACCGGGGACCUGCCGCUAACAUUUACUUGGCUGAAGGAUGGAAUACCUCUGCCAUCGGCAGCGUCCGUCGACAGUGUCAGCGGUGGGCUUAAGGGUACCGGUGGCGCUUCUGUGUCGGGUUCCGGCUCCGGAUUAAUGUCGCAGUUUUCAUCUUCGAUGUCACCGUCGGCCUUCACAAGUGAAAUCGCAUCGAAUGACAAUGGUCGUAGUAGUGGUGAAAGUAGCGGCCAGGUGACAAUUCGCCAAAAUGAUGAUUUUACCAGCGCUCUCAGCAUCACAAGUGUGACGAGGGACCAAAGUGGCACCUAUACGUGUCGAGUUCAAAAUGAUGCCGCUACUGUAACGCACUCUGCACAGCUUAAAGUUAAUGUUCCUCCACGUUGGACUUUGAAACCCACUGAUCAAGAUGCAAUCUUGGGAAAUUCAGUAGCAGUAUCGUGUAAGGCUGAUGGAUUCCCCAUACCAACCAUUCAGUGGAAGCAGUCCAUAGGCGACUCUGGGGAUUAUCGUGAUCUUAGCUAUGCUGUAAACAAUGGAAACUCACAAUCAAAUAUUAUGGCUCAUUCGAAUGGUUCUCUGAUGAUAUCCAAGGUUGCCCGUGAGCAUGAGGGCAGCUAUCUGUGUCAAGCAACCAAUGGAAUAGGUGCGGGCCUAAGUACCUUAAUUAAGUUGACUGUUCAUGUUGGCCCUACAGUUACCGUUGAGAAAAAGCAGUUAUCGAUUCGACGUGGAGAACGUAUUACAUUGCGCUGCGAGGCAACUGGAGAUCAGCCAUUAGAAAUAUCAUGGAGAUCGAAAGCAAGUCGUAUCGAUCCAUCCUAUGAUAUUCGUUAUCAUAUAAAGAACUCGCCCUUAGCUCGUGGCGUUUCGUCAGAGUUAACUAUUUUACAAACGGUCUUAACUGACAGAGGGGAAUAUACUUGCAUAGCCAGCAACGCGUAUGGGCGCGAUCGAAGUGUUAUACAUGUUCAAGUUCAGGAACCUCCAAAUUUUCCCGUUAACUUGCAUGUUAGAGAUCUUGGAAGCCGAUCAGUAACAUUGGCGUGGUCACCAAACGACCAGGAUUCAAUUAUAUUGGGAGGAGGAGGUGGUAAUAACCGGGAUGCACAGCCAAUAUCAAAUUAUAUUUUGCAAUACAAAAAAGCUGGAGAUGUUUGGCAUGAGCACAAUAAUCAAAAGCUUCUUCCUGGUGAUAGAACAACGGCUCAGCUAGGAUCUCUUCGACCGGCGCAGGUGUAUCAUAUAAGACUAUUUGCAGAAAAUCAUCUAGGCACCAGUGCCCCAAGUGAUAUUUUAUUUGUGCAAACUGAUUCAGAAGUUCCGUCUGCCCCACCACAAGAUGUCACUGUUGAGCCGCUGGGACCACAACAGUUGCUGAUUACUUGGCGAGCACCUGUACGUGAUUCGUGGAAUGGAGAGCUAUUAGGUUAUACAAUUUCAUAUCAAAAGCAGGGCUCUCCCGAAAAUGAGAAAAAUCACACCAAGGUCGGAAGUUUGACUACAGAGGGCUUAAAUGACUUCCGUUUGAUUGGAUUGGAGAAAUAUACUCAGUAUGGAAUUACUGUAGCAGCAUUUAAUAUAAAAGGCGACGGUCCCCCGAGUGAUAUGGUAUUGGGUCACACUUUAGAAGACGUACCCUCAGCAUCUCCUCGGUCAGUGUCAUGCGUUGCGCUCACUGCACAAAAUAUUCAAAUAUCGUGGCAGUCCCCACCAAAGAAACUAUGUCAUGGAAUUAUUCAAGGCUAUAAAUUGCUUUAUGAACCAGGACUUUUAGAAAGUGAAUACAAUGUUCGAGAGACAAAGAUAACAUCGGCUCUUAGUACAGUACUCCACGGAUUGCAGCCGUUCACAAAUUAUAGUGUUCAAGUAUUAGCAUUUACUCGAGCUGGUGAAGGCAUUCCCAGUUCACCUGUAUCAUGCAUUACGGAGGAAGCAGUUCCUGAUGCGCCGGAGCUUGUCAAAUCCGCAGUGAACACGGAAUCUUCGGUGAUUAUUAGCUGGCUACCCCCUCGACGGCCUAAUGGACUAAUUACAAAGUACAAUGUUUACAUACGAGUUCUUGAAAAGGGUCAGGAGCUGAAAAUCCUUAAAGAAGUCUUGCCAGCACAUAAUAGGCAUUUUGAAGCAAAAGACUUAAAUUUUCGAGAAACAUAUGAGGCUUGGGUCACAGCAUCAACUAGAGUGGGCCAGGGCCCAAGUACUCCAGUAAUUAAGCUAGUACCCAGCACAACAAUACCAGCCGCAAUAAUAUCAUUUAGUCAAACUUUGUCAGUAAAUUGGAGGUCAGAUAUUAAGUUAGCAUGUGUUUUUGUUGGAAAUCCCAAGUCAAGUGCCGAAUGGAAAAUACUCAAUAUUCGAUCCAAGAAGCAAUUACCACUCGAAGUUAACUCAGAGAAUACGUUAACCCUACGUAAUAUCCAACGGUCGCAUGAAGGCAAUUAUUCAUGUAUUGUUAGAAAUCCAAUAGGCUCCGAUCAUAUUGUUUAUCAGCUAUUUGUACAAGUUCCACCUUCCGCUCCCAUUGUGUCGGUAAAUUCAGCUCACAAGAAUUCGGUCUCUAUUCAGUGGAGAGUCGACGAUAUUGGUGGCGCUCCAAUUAGAGGAUUUACUUUAACCUAUAGGCGUGAGUCCGCCGAAUGGGAUGAGUUGCAAAUUGAUCGUCGAAUAACUUCAUACAUGCUUGAAAACCUUCAAUGCGGCACUAAAUAUCAAUUCACAAUGACUUGUUUCAAUAAAAUUGGCACCAGCGUAGCUAGUGCUAUUGUCUCAGCGCAGACAAAAGGAAAUAAGCCAAUAGCACCGAAAAAGCACAGCUUCAUACGUUCGAAUACAACAUCAGUUAUCCUAGAUUUGUCUUCUUGGCAAGACGGUGGAUGCCCAAUACUUUAUUUUAGUAUUGAAUUUAAACACUAUAAGACUUCUAGUGAAUGGAUUAUUGUUUCAAAUAAAAUUGAAUCACAUAAUCGUUAUAGUAUUGGAGACCUAGAGCCAGCCACUGCUUAUCAUCUACGUGUUACAGCGAAUAACAAUGCUGGCUCCACGACAAAAGAGUUUUAUUUCGAAACACAGAAUUUGCUUGGAUUAGCCGGUAACUCGGAGUUUGAUGCGAUGCCCGAAGAGCAAACUGUUUUCAGUGAUGUUCACUUUAUAGCUGUUAUCAUUACAUCAAUAUUUGGAACAAUUCUUGCAUUAAUUGGAGCUUUUAUCUGCUUCAGAAAUUAUCCUCAUACUUUGUUUACACGUAAUGUUGAUUCAUUAAGGCCACAAAGUAGUGCUACAGAUGGAAAGGAUAUUCAAAGUCAUGAACACUUUUAUGAACAUGAAAACCAGACCGGGAAUAUUCCUUUGAGCUACACGGGAAGCUCAUUAAAGUACGAUUCUCGCUGUGAGGAUGAAAAUACUUUAUGUAGCUCGGGGUCGAAAGGAAUGCGCCCUAUAUCAACGAAUAUAGGUGGAAUCAACUCAAAUGUCAAACUUCCUAAUAUGAUGACUGUUGAUGACAGCAACAAUACAAAUACAGAAAAGCGAUUAAAGCGCCGAUCGAAAAUUAUAAAAUCAGAGUCAGAGGAGUACGAUAGCUUGAAUAGUGAUAGUGAGCUAAGUGGGGAGCGAGAACUAGCCCGUGAUGAAAAUCGUACUAGCAACCGUGAAAUAUCAAGCUUUAUUGAGGACGAAGGGAUUACAGCACAUGGAAGAAAAAUCAGAAAUGACUCCGGAAUCGGUAAAGAAAGGUCUUCUGUAUUUAGUAGACCUCAACUGCAUAGUAACGCCGUGGACAACGUACCCGUCAACUACAAGUUCUUUGACCCGGGCACAAAGCAGCAACGCAAAUCAACGCACCACUGUGAAUCCCAGCGGAAAGUUCUCACAAUUAAAUCUGCCAAAGCUGCAAUCCAAUGUCCAGAUAUGUCCAGAAGUGUACCCAGCUGCGGCACCCUUAAUCGCGAUUGUGGGGAAGCCAAGUUUAUCUCCCGACGGAUUGCACAAUCGGACUCAUGCAAUGAAAAACUAAAACCGCGUGAGUCGGAUGAAUUCGGUUAUAGAAAAAAAUUUGUUGAUACGAAUAUAAAGCUAUUUGCAUCAACUGAGGGCGACCAACUUGACUUCUUAACUCAUCGGCGAAAUAUUUAUAGCAUUGAAUCUGUCUCAGAUUCAUUAGGAAUAACAAAUAGAUUACAUGAAUACAAUUGUAUGGAUACUUUAAGUAACACUGAAACAUUAGCUAUUGGUUCAACUAUGAGUGACCAUAAAUUUCAGAUGGAAAACACAGAGAGUCUAUCAAAACCAAGCUCUAGCUUAACAAAAAUCAUAAAAACCGAGCAAUUAGAUUACAUUCUAACCGAAAAGCGUGUCAGUCCACCAUUUGCUUUUGUUGACAAAGUUGGUUAAAUGUACUUAGCUAAGAUUCAAUAUGAAUACUGCAUUUAUUAAACUAAAGUAAUUAGUAGAUCAAAUAUUGCUCUCAACAGCAUAAUAGGUAAUUAAUACUAAAUGUAAAUACCUUAUAACGUAGUCUAAUUAUGGUAACGAGCACAUUUGAACUACAUAUGACUAAAAUUAUCGACUUAUCUGUAUGUCGCAAACAUAAUUUAAUUGUUAAAUGUCAAAUAAUUAAUAAUAUAAUUAUUUUGGAUGAUGUUUCUAAUUCUAAUUCUUCUUUCUAUAAAUGUUUUUGCGAUCUAUUAAUUUCCUUGUAGAAAAUAUAAUAUGUUUACUUACUUUGUUACGAAAUAUAUUAUUGGGUUUAUAAAUCAUGUACAGUCUCAAUUCGUAUCACUCGUCAAAUCAUUACAUUGAGACUGGUUGUUAGAGCCAUUAAAGUAUACAUUAUUUAUGUUUCUUUCUCUUUAAACGAGUUUCGCAGUUUCAAAAAAGUAUCACAAUACUUGGAAAGAACAUCUUUCGAAUUUUAUAUAUCAAAUCGCUGUUGAAUGGAAUUUGGCAUAACAAAAUACAUACAGAUUUUAUUCAAAACCCCAUUUGUUGCCAUAUUCCUAUAAAGAUAGUGAAAUUUUUGAGAAAGAGACUACCAUAUUGUAAAGUUCUAUUUUCUUUUUUCUUCUUUUAAUGAACACAAAGCUCAAGUCUGGCCAUAAUACCUUGACAUAUCUAAAACCUUCUCAAAACACCUAUGUGCCAUAUUUAUACAAGAUCAUUUCAUAUGUAGCUGGCCGAAGAUAGACAUCUCUGAUAAUAUUUUUACAAAUCCCAUAUUUAAAAAAUCUUCCAAUAUUAAUGUGAUCAAUACUUUAUUUUAAAGUAAGAAAAUAACUUAUGUAAGUCAAUUAUUAUGGUGAAAAAGAAGCAGAAUUAUUGAAAAAGUGUUUUUGAAAAGCAUUUAAGAUGAAAAUAAAUAAUCUCAUACCCAACAAUAUUCUCUUCCCGUUAGUUAAGAAAUAAACUAUUAAAAAUUUAUACUUUGGAAUUCUUGGAAAUCGUUGUCUAAUAAAAAAGUUAUAUUGGCUUUUAAAUUCUUGCUGUAAUAAUUGAAUUUUAUUUUUUUUUGUAUUGGCGUCCUUUAAGUUUGCAAUAUAUUAUGAGUAUUAUAGAUGCGCAUGUUUUGUUUAUAUCUAAUAUUUAGAAAAAAAAAAAAAGGAAUAAAUCAAUUUAGAAGUAACUAAAUAAUAAGAACGAUUUAUUACUUACACCAAUAACAAUUAUAGUACUUUGUCAUCUCAAUGGUAGGUUAAGCUUUACACACAAUUUGGAAAUAAUUGAGCUGUAUCGAUUACAGACAUUAUUCCUACAAUAUUAAAAUAAUUUUACAAAGAAUUAUUUAUUUGUGCUAAUAACGAUAUACGUUUUUGCAACGAAUAGGCGAUGCUCAUUCGCAAAUUAAUAAUUUAUUUAUUUAAAUUAAUAAUUAAUCUAAUAAUUAUAUUAAAUGUGCACUACCUAAAACUAAAACCGCCAUAGUAGAUUAUCUUAUAAUCUUCCAAAAUCUUAUUGACUCCUUUACUGAAUUGUUAAAUGAAAAAAACAAAAAGCUCAUAAAAAAGAUUUCACUAUAUA